AUGUCGCCGCUCACCUUUGUGUCACAGAAAAGUAGCAAGAAGUCGCACGGCAAUCCAAAGCCAGUUCCGGCAUAUUUCCCCACGUCAAAAGAUUCAAUUCUGAUUCCGGAUGUUAAACUCUACGAUGCUGUGAGGGAGGCCCCUAGAAGGCUGACCAAUACUUACGAUGUACCAAUUCGUUCUGGAAAGGCAUGGAAAGUGCCCAAGGGGUCUGUGGUCCGCAUUUCAACUCCAGAGGGUCCUCAGGUGUGCGAUUUUAACUGCUGGGAAGCAAACUCAGACUUCAAGGAGCACAUGUGGGCUUCGCGAACUCGACAGUUGCAUUCUGCACAUGUUUCUACUUACGACAAAUUGUGGUCCAACUUGCCUUAUCUGAGACCUUUGCUCACAAUUAUCGACGAUUCGUUAGCCACGUAUGGACCCGACGAGCAUGGCGGCCGUGUACACGAUCUUUUGGGCACUCGCUGUGAUCCGUAUGUCGACAAGUUGUUAAGCGGGCAGGAUAACGAUUUCCACUGCCAUUCCAAUCUUUACCGGGCAAUCCGCGAGUUUGGCGGGCAGGAGGAAAAUGUACACGACGUGCUUAAUAUUUUCCAACUAACUGGGCUUAACGAACACGACCAGUACUUCAUGGAGACGUGUCCUGCGAAGGCCGGGGACUUUUUUGAGUUUUUCUGCGAGGUAGAUCUCAUAUGUGCUAUCUCGACUUGCCCUGGAGGUGACCUUUCUAAUUGGGGUUGGGGCGAGGGCUCUGAAGAUCGCGACGGCAGUGAUAACAUUGGCGAUAUGACAUCUGUGUGCAGACCACUAAAAGUCGAAGUUUUCCAAUUGCAUGACUCUACAGAGAUAUUGCGAAACUGGCACUCCCCGGAACCUGUCAAAUACCGGGGCAACCAUGGGCUAUAA